UGUCACCCCGGCUGUUCAUCCAGUGUUAGACCCUCACUCCCCACACAGAUGGAGGCGAUGGAGGUGGACUCUCCCAUGGAGCUGCAGACAGGAAGCAUCAGGCAGCCUGAAGCCGCCGCCGCAGUACGAGCCGAGGUCGUAGAUGGACCGCACGUCAUCUCCGACUCCGGGAGCAGCACGGAAGUGGACGACGAUGACGAUGACGAAGAUGGAAACGGAGGACGGCAGGCGACGGCUCGGGCGCCUCCCUUCCUGCUUCCUGCCGCCUGGGCGUUCAGUCAGAGAGCCGUGGGAGGAGCCACGACGUCAGCGUCUCAGGGAGCGCCCAUACGCAGGAGGCUCAGACAGGGCCUCAGGGUGCACUACCCCAGUCAGACUGCAGCGCCCUCUAGAGGUUUCCCUGACUUCCUGCUUCGCGCUCCGGCCGCCACCGUAGCCGAACCGGAGUCCGGCAGCACGACGGAGGUCAGCGAGUCUGACGAGGAGGAAGAGGAGAGAGACGACGAAGAACGCGCUCCCGUUGCCGCGGCGACCGCUGAACCCGCCCAGCCCCCCCCUUCUGCCGGCCCUCAACCUGGAGCCUCCAGUCCAGCACAGGAAGCUCCAACCGCUGCAGACGCUGAGAGGACAGACGCUCAAACUCUGGACGUUAAGUCGCUCCCUGCUGCCUCUGCUUUAGCUCCGCCUCCUCCCAGCGAGGAGGGCGAAGGUGACACCUGCACCAUCUGCUUCGAGCCGUGGACGACGGCCGGCGAGCACAGACUGGCCGCUCUGCGCUGCGGUCAUCUGUUCGGCUUCACCUGCAUCCAACGCUGGCUGAAAGCUCAGGGACCCGCGGCUAAAUGUCCUCAGUGCAACAAGAAAGCGAAACGUUCAGACAUCGUUCUGCUUUAUGCUCCGAAGCUCAGAGCGCUGGACAACACGGAGCAGGAGAGUCUGAAGAAGUCUCUGGAGCAGGAGCAGUCUCUGAGGAGGAAAGCUGAACUGGAAUCAGCUCAGUACAAACUGAAGCUUCAGGUCGUCACCAACAAAUACGGACAAGCACAACAGGAGCUGCAGGAGUUGAGAGCUCUGAUGGCUCAAGCUGGGAGAAGUUCAACUCCUUCCUCUUCUUCCUCCUUCUCCUCCUCUUCCUCCUCCUCCUCCUCCUCCUCCUCGCUGCUCCUCGGUCUCUCUCAGAGGGCCGACGGCUCCAGAGCGGGUCAGUACAGCUUCUCCAAGGCGGUGCUGCUCACUCAGGCCGGAGGCUGCAGAGUUUUAUCCUACUGUGAACCUCUGAGCUGCCUGCUGGCCUCGCAGCCUUCUCCUCACUCCACGCUGGUUCCUGGCUGCGGGGUGAAGAAGGUGAGCGUGGUGACGAUGAAGGCCAGUCAGUACGUUCCCAUCCACAGCAAACAGAUCCGAGGUCUGUCCUUCAACAGGCAGAACGACAGUCUGCUGCUGUCUGCUGCUCUGGAUAACACCAUCAAACUCACCAGCCUGCUGACCAACACGGUGGUUCAGACCUAUAAUGCAGGUAAACCAGUGUGGAGCUGCUGCUGGUGUUUGGACAACAGUAACUACGUCUACGCUGGUCUGAGUAACGGCUCCGUGCUCGUCUACGACACCAGAGACACAAGUACACACGUCCAGGAGCUGCAGCCGCUACGCUCCAGGUGUCCCGUAGCGUCUCUCUGCUACGUCCCUCGUGCGGCGUCCAGCUCCUUCCCGUGUGGCGGUCUCAUCGCCGGUUCUCUGGAGGGCGGAUGUUUUUGGGAGCAGGUGAACGAGAACACGUACAGACCUCACAUGUUGCCGCUGGAGACCGCCGGCUGCACCGACAUCCAGGUGGAGACGGAGAGCCGACACUGUCUGGUCACCUACAGGCCAGGUGAGACCUUGACCUCUGACCCAUGA